CGCCUGAGCCGUCAUGGGUAUCCUCGAGAAGAUCCAGGACAUCGAGCUCGAGAUCUCGCGCACGCAGAAGAACAAAGCGACCAACUACCACUUGCGACAGCUCAAGGGAAAGCUCGCCCGGUAUCGCGCCGAGCUCCUCGAGGGCAGCACGGCAAAAGGUGGCAAGGCGGGAGAAGGGUUCGACGUCUCCAAGUCGGGCUACGGCCGCGCCGUCCUGAUCGGGUUCCCGUCGGUCGGCAAGUCGACGCUCUUGAGCAAGGUGACCAAGACGGAGAGUGCGGCGGCGGCGUACGCGUUCACGACGCUCGUCGCGGUUCCUGGCGUCAUGGACAUCGAGGGCGCCCAGAUUCAGCUCCUCGACUUGCCAGGAAUCAUCGAGGGCGCGGCGAGUGGUCGUGGUCGUGGUCGGCAGGUCGUCGCGGUGGCAAAGACGGCAGAUCUUGUGGUGAUGAUGCUCGACGUGACCAAGGGCGAUGAGCAGCGACAGCAGCUCGAGCACGAGCUCGAGGAGAUUGGCAUCCGGCUCAACCGCACGGCGCCCGACCUCGUCUUCAAGCCCAAGACGGCCGGCGGCAUCACGAUCAACUCGACGGUGCCGUUGACUCGGACCGACGAGAGGACGAUCCGGGGCAUCCUGCAGAGCUACAAGAUGCACAACGCCGACGUCAUGAUCCGCGAGGACGUCACGACCGACGACGUGAUCGACGCCAUCCUCGGCAACCGCAAAUACGUGCCCUGCCUCUACGUCUACAACAAGAUCGACUCGAUCUCGCUCGAGGAGGUCGACCGCAUCGCCCGUCAGCCCUACACGGUCGUCAUCUCGUGCGAGCUCGACCUGAAUCUCGACGUGCUCAAGAAGCGCAUGUGGCAGGCGAUGGGCUUCAACCGCAUCUACACCAAGAAGCGCGGCGAGGCGCCCGACCUCGGCGACCCGCUCGUGAUCAAGACGGACGCGACCAUGGAGGCCAUUUGCGACUCGAUCCACAAGAACAUCCGCCACAAGUUCAAGUACGCGAUCGUCUGGGGCAAGUCGUCCAAGUUUGCGCCGCAGCCGCAAAAGGUCGGCAUGACGCACCGGUGCGCGCAAGACGACGUCAUCUCGAUUGUCACGAAGGUCUAGUUGCGCAGACUGCAACAGCCUGGCGCGACGCACG